AUGGCCGUGCCGAUGACUUGGCUAAUGAACAUGGACCUUGGGGAGGCGAGCGUCAGGUAGCCGGUCUUGAAGUCCUGCAUGAGAUCGGAGGCCGUGGAGACGAUGCUCAUCAUGACGCCGCAGGCCGCGAGGCUCGCGAUGACGCCGCCGGCGCCGGCGCCGGCCCACGCGCCGAUCACGAAGAUGGCGAGCUUCCCGUAG